CUUAAAUCUCACCACCUUAUAACAACAUAACCUCAUACAAAUUUGUUCAUACAACAAUGAAGAUGCUAUCCACCAAGGCCACAUGCAACUCCCACGGUCAAGAUUCCUCCUACUUCUUGGGAUGGGAGGCUUAUGAAAACAAUCCCUUCCAUCACACUUCUAAUCCCAACGGCAUAAUUCAAAUGGGUCUUGCUGAAAAUCAGCUAUCCUUUGAUCUUCUUGAAUCAUGGCUCUCUAAGAAUCCAGACGCCGCCAGCUUCAAACGCGAUGGCAAAUCCAUUUUCAGAGAGCUCGCCCUCUUCCAAGAUUACCAUGGCUUACCUGCAUUCAAAAAGGCAUUGGUUGAAUUUAUGGCGGAAAUUAGAGGAAACAAAGUAUCAUUUGAGGCUAAUAACAUAGUCCUCACAGCUGGAGCCACGUCAGCAAAUGAGACUCUUAUGUUCUGCCUUGCUGAAGCUGGCGACGCUUUUCUCCUCCCAACACCAUACUAUCCAGGAUUUGAUAGAGAUCUCAAAUGGAGAACCGGCGUUGAGAUUGUGCCAAUUCAUUGCACGAGCUCCAAUGCCUUCCAAAUCACCCAACGCGCUCUUGAACAAGCCUACAAAGACGCCCAAUCUCGCAACCUACGCGUCAAAGGCGUGUUGGUCACAAACCCAUCUAACCCAUUAGGCACCACAAUGAGCCGGGAUGAACUCAACCUUGUCUUUGAUUUCAUAACCUCCAAAGGAAUUCAUUUGAUCAGCGAUGAGAUCUACUCCGGCACCGUGUUUGGGUCCUCGGGAUUUGUGAGUGCGAUGGAAGUGCUCAAGGAGAGGAGUAGUCAAGACGAGGAGGUUUGGAAGAGAGCGCAUAUUGUUUAUAGUUUGUCUAAAGAUUUGGGUCUUCCAGGGUUUCGCGUUGGUGCAAUUUACUCAAAUGAUGACAUGGUGGUGGCUGCCGCUACCAAAAUGUCCAGCUUUGGGUUGGUCUCAUCUCAAACACAAUACCUUCUCUCCGCUAUGCUCUCCGACAAGAAAUUCACCACAAACUACAUUACGGAGAAUCAAAAGAGGCUAAAACAAAGACAAAAAAUGCUUGUGUCCGGUUUACAAAAGGCUGGUAUUAACUGCCUGGAUAGCAAUGCCGGGCUGUUUUGUUGGGUGGACAUGAGGCAUUUGUUGGAAUCCGACACGUUCGAAUCCGAGCUACAGCUGUGGAAGAAGAUUGUGUACGAGGUGGGUUUGAACAUUUCGCCUGGAUCAUCAUGUCAUUGCACUGAACCAGGGUGGUUCCGUGUUUGCUUUGCUAAUAUGUCGGAAUCAACAUUGAAACUCGCCGUCCGAAGAUUGAAGUCGUUUGUAACAGAAUUGACGUCCAUUACUACUUCAAAUCAUCGUAAUCAUGACAAUAAAAUUUGCAAGAACAUCAAGAAAAACAUCUUCACCAAAUGGGUUUUCCGGCAAUCAGUUCAAGAAGCCAACCGCAAGAUGCAAGCUGAACGAUAGCCUGGUCGUAUGAACAUAAUAUUCAUCAUCC